AUGGCUCGACCGGAUGAUGGGUCUGACUUGCAGCUGUACAUUGCGGCAUCCCACCACGCUGUUAGUGCUGCUUUGAUACAGGAGGCACCCUCCCUUAAGUUGAUAUACUUCAUCAGUCGUACACUGCAGGGGGUCGAAGAACGCUAUUCUCGAAUUGAGAAAAUUGCCCUGGCAUUGCUCACCGCUUCUCGUCGACUUCGACCAUAUUUCCAGAGUCAUAAGGUGGUAGUCCGCACAGACCAUCCCAUAGCCAAGAUCCUUCGCAAACCAGACUUGGCAGGAAGGAUGGUCUCCUGGUCCGUGGAACUGUCAGAAUUCGGACUCCGCUACGAGCCGCGUGGGUCCGUCAAGGGUCAACACUUAGCAGACUUUGCGGCUGAGUUGCUACCCACACCAGAGGACUCAAUCACAAAAUGGCUCCUCAGUGUAGAUGGAUCCUCUGACAAAAGGGGAGGAGGAGCCGGUGUCGUUCUAGAAGGACCGGAUGGUUUAGUCAUCGAGCAAGCCAUCACCUUCAGAUUCCCAACUAGCAAUAACCAGGCCGAAUACGAAGCCUUGAUUGUUGGCCUAUCCCUGGCCAGGGAGUUCACGAUUGAUCGUUUAGAGUGUCGGAUGGACUCAAAGUUGGUAGUCGGCCAUGUGAACGGAACCUAUCAAGUCAAAGAUAAUCAGCUAUUGCGUUAUUUCCACAAGGCUCAAACCUUACUCCGAAAUUUCGUCGAGGUUAGCGUCAUCCAUGUACCCAGGGAGCAAAACGCAAGAGCAGAUCUCUUGUCUAAAUUAACUCACUCCAAGGAGCGAGCACAGCUAUCCUCAAUCAUUAAGAUGACGCUCGAUCGUCCUGUGGUAGAAACGUUCGUCACCAAUAUAUCGACACCUACACCAGACUGGCGCCAGAAGGUCAAGGAUCUUAUGGAAAAACAAGACAAGGGAGAUAGCAUUUCUGUGGUUGAUUCCAAGCGCAUUGCACGUUUUGUGUGUAUAGGUGACGACCUAUACCGUCGCGGCUAUGGCACUCCUCUGUUGAAGUGUAUUUCAAAGGAAGAGGCAGACUACGUACUACGCGAGCUGCACACCGGGAUAUGUGGAUUGCACUCUGGCAAACGGACCAUGAGGGCACGUGUUCUCCGCGCAGGAUAUUAA